AUGACCAACCUCCUUGACUUUCCAAUCGAGGUAUUCCAGAUGAUUGUCUGCGAACUAGUCAGCAGCGCGAUUGACGAAUCUGCACAUUCUAUUUAUAGCUUUCAGAUUGAGGAUGUCUGGUUGCUGCGAAAUGUUUGUCCUACCUUCGCCGCAGAGAUCGAGCGCAGCGUCUUCUUCCAGCAGCCAAAAGCGAUAUAUCUCAACAGCCACUUCAUCCAGCGCCUUGUCCUUGAGCGUUUGCCCCAGUACGUCAUGCAAGUCAAGCGGAUACCGGGAAACGUCAAUGAAGGCUUCCGUGCAAGACUACAGCGCAUGACGAGCUACAUCCUGCAAGAGCUUGACAUCAAAGAUGAGAAGCAACGCGCAGACGCAAUCGAGAAAUUCUACGUCAGUUUACGCAGAAUCGUUAUUGAGUCCCGAUUGACUCAUGCCCUGUGGUGCGAUUGCGGUCCCUCGUGCUCUUACGUCACUGAGAGCCAGAGCAAUACGGAGCUAUCUGUCCAAGAUAGGCUUUACACAUCUCUCAUGGUCGGAGCGCAUGAUGUUCUUGCUGGUAUUCUCCAGGAAGUCAGUGGUGCGCAACAUGAUCGACUCUUCAGCAUACUACCUUUUGGAGUCGCUCGGAUUUUAGGUGACACGAAGUCGAUUGACGUUAUCCUCCGUCAUCUGGAAACGCGCCCAUCGUUGGAGCGAACGACUCUUACGAGUGACAGUGGGAUAUUCCCAAUACGCAAAACCAUCAGCACCCUGCUGGCUAGGGACAGCGGUACGAUCGCCCAAGCUUUACUCGAGUUCCACAAGAAGAAGCUACCCUCCCCCUCGGGUCACGUCUACGCCUCCUGGAUCUACAGCGCUGUCCAUGAGCGUACGACCAACCAUCUGCACAAUCUAAGGGCCGUCUUGAACAUCCACCCUAAGGGUAGCACACAGGUCUGGGGCGAAACGAUGAUCACCAUAUGCGCCGGAGGCAGCUCUGAAGAUGUCCAGGAAGCCCUCAAGCGCGUUGAGGAUGUGGACAAGGGAACAGCGCUGGACGCUCCUAUCUUCAUCGCUGUUCGAUCCGGUCGUGUAGCCGCCGUACAAGGAUGCAUCCAGGCAGGCGCCAGCGUCGACCUCGCCGUGUGUUCCGACAGCCCAACACUUCACAAGGACACCAUCACCCCCCUUGACGUCGCCAUGGACCGGAACGAUGGUCACGUUGCAGACGUUCUCAUCAAGGCCGGUGCAAAAAUCCCGCACAUAUCGCAGUGGCCAGGAACUAGGCGCGUGUACAAGGUGUUGCGAAAGGCCGUCUCGGAACGCACCAACGUCAAGCUGCCGGCUCUGAGGGACUUUCAACAUAUGAGCCUGGCAGAACGCAGGGACAUACAAUAUUAG